UUGGCGGGACUAGUUUUGUGGGUUUUAGUUUUUGUGUCUCGGAAAAGAAGUUAAUUCUUUUCUUUUUCAACAAAAAUUUCAGUUCCCUUGUAAAGGUAUUAAAUUAACUUAAAAUUGCAAGCAACGACAUGAAAGUAUCUUUAGAAUGGAAAAGGCGUGUAAAAAUAGAAUACCUAAAAAUCCGUCAAAAGAAACGAUACAAGCGAGCUGAUGAAAUCAAAGAAUUGUGGAUUAAAAAUUGGGAUGAGCACAAUUAUGAUGAACAGGAAAUAUGGUGCGAAUCCAAAGUAUGGGAUCCACAACCAAUCGAUACACCGCACAUUGACUGCAUGAAAAAUGCCGAGGUUACUACCAGCGAUGGUACAACACCCCAAAAAGUUCCCAUUUGCAUAAUCAAUGCCGUUACACCCAUUCCAACCAUGUACACCUGGGCACCAACGCAGCAGAACUUCAUGGUCGAGGAUGAAACCGUUUUGCACAACAUCCCGUACAUGGGCGACGAAGUUCUCGACCAAGAUGGCAAGUUCAUUGAGGAACUGAUAAAGAACUACGAUGGCAAAGUUCAUGGGGACAAAGAUCCAUCGUUCAUGGAUGACACGAUAUUUAUUGAGUUGGUUCAUGCUCUGAUGAAAAACUAUUCGGAGGACAAUGAAGAAGGAACUGAGUCAUCAGCUAAACCAGAUGAAGAUGUUGUGAAAGAUCCGGAAGUUAAAGACGAAAAGCCCAAAGACACAAUUUCGUCUGCAGUGGAGAAACUCGCCUUUCCACGUCCAAUUAUAUUCCAUGCAAUAAGUGCCAAUUUUGCAGACAAGGGAACACCACAAGAGCUGAAAGAAAAAUAUAUCGAGCUCACAGAACGACAGGAUCCCGAGCGACCACAAGAGUGUACUCCCAAUGUGGAUGGAGAGAAGGCAGAAAGUGUAUCAAGGGAAAAGACACUGCACUCCUUCCAUACACUCUUUUGCAGACGGUGUUUCAAAUAUGAUUGUUUUCUCCACCGUCUUCAGUCGAGUCAUGCAGGGCCAAAUUUACAGAAGCGCAGAUUUCCUGAAUUAAAGCCCUUCACAGAUCCUUGUGGAAAUACUUGUUAUAUGCUUUUGGAAGGAAUGAAAGAAAAACUUGCUGCCGAUAGUAAAUCUCAGGCAGCAGAUUCUGGAAAUGAAAUUAGCUCGGAAGAUAGCAAUGAUAGUAACAGUCAGUAUAGCAAUAAAGAGUUCAAUGCUGAGAACAAAGAUUCUGGAAAUCCCAGCAUAACCGCAUCAUCAGCUGAAAUAAAUUCCAUGAUAACUGACAUGAUGAACAAAUCCAAUGCCAAAUGCGAUUGGACCGGUGCUGACCAAUCUCUAUUCCGUGCUCUUCAUAAGGUCUUUUUGAAGAACUAUUGUGCCAUUGCACAAGCAAUGCUUACAAAAACAUGUCAACAGGUCUACGAAUUUGCCCAAAAAGAAGCAGCAGAUUUGAUUAUUGAAGAACUUCGUCAGGACUUCACACCACCACGAAAGAAGAAGAAGAAACAACGUCUUUGGUCACUGCAUUGUAGAAAAAUUCAACUCAAAAAAGAUUCCACUUCAAAUCAUGUCUACAAUUAUACACCUUGCGAUCAUGCUGGCCCAUGCGAUGCCGGCUGCUCGUGUAUUCAAACUCAAAACUUUUGCGAGAAGUUUUGUAAUUGUAGCAGCGAUUGCCAAAAUCGAUUCCCCGGAUGUCGUUGCAAAGCUCAAUGUAAUACAAAACAAUGUCCGUGUUAUUUGGCUGUACGCGAAUGCGAUCCAGAUUUGUGUCAGACAUGCGGAGCCGAUCAGUUUAAUUUGACGAGAAUAACCUGCAAAAACGUUAGCGUGCAACGGCAGCUGCAUAAACACCUGCUAAUGGCGCCAUCUGAUGUUGCCGGUUGGGGUAUUUUUCUCAAGGAAGGCGCACAAAAGAACGAAUUCAUCUCAGAAUAUUGUGGCGAGAUUAUUUCCCAGGAUGAAGCUGAUCGACGAGGCAAAGUCUACGACAAGUAUAUGUGUAGUUUUCUGUUUAAUUUGAACAAUGACUUUGUGGUGGAUGCCACCCGAAAGGGUAACAAAAUUCGUUUCGCCAAUCAUUCGAUUAAUCCCAACUGCUAUGCAAAAGUUAUGAUGGUCACUGGUGACCAUAGGAUUGGAAUUUUCGCUAAGCGCGCCAUUCAACCGGGCGAGGAGCUCUUCUUCGAUUAUAGAUACGGGCCAACAGAACAAUUAAAAUUCGUUGGAAUUGAGCGAGAAAUGGAGAUCGUUUAAAAAUUUUAACUACUGUUUUUUUUUUGAAUAUUUUAAAAUAAAGACGAAACAAAAGUAAUAUUAUAUAGCUAUAAUGCAUAAAAAAUUUUAAAACGAAUG